ACCCGGGGGGAGCGCGGGCCCAACUGCAGCGCCGCGGCUGCCUUAUAAAUUGCCCCCGAAUGCGGCGGAGCUCUUUUCUGCCGCCGCCGCCGCCGCCGCCUCGCCCGCCUCGCCCCGCGCCCGCCCCCCUCCCCGCCGCCGCCGCCGCCGCGCCCCUCCGCCCGCGGCCCGUUUGCAUGAAUUGCUCGCCUCCCGAGAUGGUUUGCGAGACCAAGAUCGUGGCCGAGGAGCGCCAGUCGCUCGGGGCCGCCGCCAAGGAGGGACGCCUGCUCGCCCCCGCCGCCCCCGCCGCCCUCGCCGCGCAGAUGUGGCCGCCCGGGGCCGCCGCCUCGCCGCCCGGGGCCGCGGCCGGGGCGGGGGGGCGGGCGGCCGGAGCGGCGGGCGUCUCCAUCCGGCCCUUCCACCCGGCCGAGGGCGAGGCGGUGCGGCGCAUCUUCUACGAGGGCAUCCUGGAGCGCAUCCCCAACACCGCCUUCCGCGGCCUCAAGGACCAGCCGCUGGCCCAGCUGCUCUACGCCGCCUUGGCCGUAAUAUGCUUCGUUGUGACCAAGUCCUUGCUGGUGAUCUGCUGCUUGCCUGUCUUUCUGAUGGGCACGAGGUACUACUUCAGUAGGAAAGUUAUCCUCAGCUAUCUCGAGUGCGCCCUGAACACCGACAUGUCUGACAUUGAGCAAUAUUACAUGAAAUCCCCAGGUUCCUGCUUCUGGGUGGCAGUGUUAAAUGGCAACGUGGUGGGCAUCGUGGCAGCCCGAGGCAACGAGGAGGACAACACGGUGGAAUUGCGCCGCAUGUCCGUGGACUCUAAAUACCGUGGUAAAGGGAUCGCUAAAGCUCUGGGCCGGAAAGUGCUGGAGUUUGCUGUGGUCAAUAACUACUCCUCGGUGGUACUGGGGACCACGGCGGUGAAGGUGGCAGCCCACAAGUUGUAUGAAUCCUUAGGCUUCAAGCAUGUUGGGGUGGUCGAACACUAUUCUCUGCCUGGAAUGACCCAUUCUAUUCUAGAGCACAUGUUCUUCCAGCUUCGCUACCACCGCUAUUGCCUGCAGCUGCGUGAAGAGUGAGGGAGCCUCAUCUUCAUGGCGGCCCUCCCCAGAACCUCCUGGCCAAUGUUUUGUGGGGGUUUGUGUCAUGGUUUCUUUGCCAUCUCUUCAUUUCAUGUUCUUCAUUGGCUUUGUACAAGUCCUUGUACAAGCGAAGGGCCCUUCUUCUUUUCUGAGAUGCUUGUAGGGUGACGGCGGCGCUAAUGCUGGAGGUACGGUGGACCUGCCCUUCGCCUGACGUGGGUCAAGGUCAGGAUGGACCUGCGCACUUUCCCAGUCUUACCCCGGUUAACCUACAUAAGCACAGAAAUGUCAAUGCAUAACAAGGCUGCUUGUCUGACGUGUGUUAUAAAUAAUGAUAAUGAUAAUAACAAUUAAUAAUCUCCUUUCCCCCCUCCCCCCAAGUAUUAAAAAAAGCGAUACUUCAUGAUACAGCUCAGUGCAAAAGUUUUAUGUGAAUGCAUUUCUCAGUAUUUUAUGAAGUAGUAUGCAUUCAUGUUCUCAUGAUAUAAUACCGGUUAAUCAUGCUGAAAGAAAAUGUGAAAAUCCUGCUUGCUAUAAUGCAUGAAGAGGAAGUAUUUGCAUGCAUUCAAACACACUAUCAAGUAGGCGCUAAUAAUAAUAAUAAUAAUGCACUUUCUGGAUGUACCUCCCUGCUGCCCAAAUUCUCAAGAAUAUUGGUGCAUCUCACACCCGGGACUUGGUCCUUUAUCCUUAUUUUCUUCCUAAGCCAGCAAAUACGAGCCCUGAGCCCAAUGUAACAUAUGUAAAUUAUAGAAAUAUCAAAUAUGCGAAUGUAGAUAGACUUUGAGGUCCCCUGCCAGAUAGCUCCAUCCAGAGUGUUAAUUUUCCUUUAUUGAAGAGUUUUGUUUAUUACGUUUGCUUAAACGAUCCAAACUCUUCGCUUUUGUGGACUGGUUUCCCAGAGGCAAAAUGGAGACUUCUGUUUCUAUGGCAACACACCUGUACACUAAUAAUGUGCACCAAAUCUGAACACUUGAGAAAAAGCAAUAUGCAAAAGAGAGAGAGAGAGAGAGAGAGCUGGAGUUGCCGGUUUCAGCUGAAGGAGGCCAGGAAAGCAAAGACUUUAAUCAGUUGCUACUUGCUAGUGGGAUAACAAAUAUAGAAGAGCUGGCGUAUAACGUCACUGCUGCUUUAACGAUGUCACAUUUGUGAGUUGUCCAGCUCUACACAAAAAACGACGCAACGCAACAGAGAUAUGGCAUGCUGCCUGUUGGAGCCCGGCAUGAAAACAUCCGAGGUUGCAGCUUCUUCUGCCUUGAAAUACCAACCUCUAUUUCAAGAAAUGGCAACUUUUGCAUUCAUGACAUCCGAAUAGAAGCCAGGCAGCUUUGGGGUUUAAAAGGCAAUAGGUUCAGAAAAGCUCAGAAGAUUUCGGGUUGCAUUUAUUUUGUGGGGUGGGAAGGAAGCCGGAGGGCUGAGCUUGAUAAAAGCAGCUCUCAUUUAACAUUUCCUCCGGUUGAAAAAAUCAGGAUCGUAAUCGGGCCGCCCCACCGACUGGAGGGAGAAGGUCCCAGAGAUAGAUGAAGCCAAGGGGAGGAGAUGGGAGGAGAAAGUCUUCUGACCUGUCAAUGGAGGAGAGCAGCUGCGUUUCUAUUCGGUGACAGGGAGGCUCUUUGUAUCUUGCUCUGGUCUCAGAAUGAGGAAUGGGUGGAAAGAUAGCAAAGAUGGAGAGGCUGCCCUGAAUUUCCCUCCCUUCAGGGCCUGCAGCCCCUUCCCUAUGGCUGGGCUUCCCGAAGAGCAGCCGUAGCUCCAUCCUUACCCAGGAAGGGCACCGGUGAUGGGAGAGGGGCUUCCUGGUUGCUCCCCCCCACCCCCCACCCCGUCUCAAGCCUGCAGCAACUUGGACGAUGAGGCUUUUCGGGCUGAUGACCAAAUAAAGGGAGAAGGAUGGGUCACAAAAGACGGUUUUCUGCUUCAGCGGUGACUGCCUUCCUGCCUCAGACGGUGCCAUGAGCUAAAAAUGGCCAGACCAAACUGUGUCCCAGCAAUAAAACCCCUGAUCAGGACUAAAGAGUGACUUGAUGAACAGAAUGUACUUAUUGGAACCGAGUGUGUGUGUUUGUGUGUCUUGAUGUAGAAUGUAUUUUUUUUAAAAAAAGAAAAAUUCUAUGCUGUACAUUUCUCUUGAAGCUCUUCAAAUGUGUACCGUUGGGGGGGUGGGGAAUGUAGGAUAGAAGUGUAUAGUGUACAGAAAUUGGUACGAUAUUUUAUAGCUGUUUUUGGUGAUUACAUUAAACUGAGUAACCCAGAUUAAUAUUAUAAAGUGUUAGGAAAAAAAGGGAAAGGGAGGAACUGCUUGUGCCUUUUAAUUUUUUUUUUCCUUUUGUGUUCUUCUGUUAUCCUUGCACUAAAUGGUUUCUGGAGAAUUAAUAGUUCUAUAUAGCCUAAUGAAUUGGACGAUGAAACUGAUACAUGACCUCUGUGGACUGCGGUGGAUUUUUAUUGAGGCACUUUAAGAAUGUGGAUGGUUUAAUGCUCCAAACGGUGGAGAUUUCCUCUUUCUUAGCUGGGUGACCCAACACCAGAGAGGGAAGUCUGCUCUGCAAGACCUUCACUCAACUGUCACUGUAUGAUAAUAACCUUUUUACGAUUGCAUAUGGGAGCAAGCUUCUGAAAAUACAUGGGUUUUGAAGUGUUGCUUAUUCGGCUUCUGCCUAAUUCAUUCAUGCAGUUAGUCAAAUGGCAAGGGAUCUCUGGUCCAGCUAGUUGUAUCUUCUUUCCACUUCCUUUAAAUUACAGUACAUCAGCAAAGGGCUGACAGAAAACAUCCUUGACCUCUUUUUCUGGGCUUCUCCUGUAAGGUCUCACCUCGCUUUUUGACCCCUGCGGAGCCCACCAGGGAAGAAGCCCUAAAUCGCUGCAGUGAAGGAGUUACGGAAGGUGGAAGUCUGAUGAAAGUCUGUUAAAGAGGAGAGCUUGAAAGACGGAUGGGACACACUAGGAGGUGGUGUUUUUACAUACGAAACAUGAUCCUAACGGACGUGGGUGGUAAUAACCUGAAAGUAGAAGAUGCCGGGAGGGGAUUCUGUAACAUUCAAAGGGUGGCCCUAUCCUUCAUCUAGGAAUAAUGGGAAACACAUAUUUCCGCAUAAAUCUAGAGGGAACCAUAUCCUAUGAGGUGGUUUUACCUUGGAGGGGAGAAGAGAUGCAGGAUGCAGGAAACAAAGUUUCCAUCCAAUCUUCAUCAACCGAAGGAAGAGGCCCCAGGUUGUCAUGGGUUGGAGAUGGGAGUUUAGAGCAUUUUGCAGCUAUUGCGGAAAAUAUGAUAACUGCAGCCAACUGCAAUCCUCCAGUGAAUUAUCCAACUCGAUCUGCGUAUGCUU